AUGACCGCGCCAGUGGCUGCCGAUGGUGCUGCUGCGGGCAAUUUCACCAGCAACGCAGACUAUAUCGCUUUCGACUCGCCUUCGCCUUCACUUGCUGGACCAUCUCGGCCGGCAUCUCGAUCCAGUUCUCCGAGACUUACUUCUGCCGACCCGAAGAGCAAGAAGAGAAAGGCUGGGGCAGAGGAUACAUCUAGCUCUACUCCAUCGUCGAAGCAGAAAGAUAAAAGAGGCAAGAAGAAGGACAACUCAGAGAGCGCCAAGAAAGACAAGGGGAAAGGGAAAGCCAACGAUUCAAAUGGAGUCUCUCGCGAACCGCCUACGGGACCUAGGAAUCUGAAAGAGGAACGAAGAGCAGCUGAGAGAGGCUGUCCAUGGGUCACAUUGGUUGACUGGGAAAAUUGUAACGAUCCAGCGGAAAUACUCAAUAGCGAGAUUCAGGCAUUUUACCAAUACAUGUCUCCCACUCGUGUGGAGUAUGAGGUCCGACUCUGCAUCAUCGAGCUUAUAUCCCGGACAGUCAAAAGGACCUGGCCGGAAGCGGAAGUACAUCCGUUUGGAUCGUGGCAGACCCAGCUGUAUCUUCCCUCAGGUGAUAUUGACCUCGUCGUCACAACCAACCGCCUCACUGUGUCCAACAAAGCAAAGCUACUCGCUGAGCUUGCUCGAGCGAUGCGAAUGGCUUAUUUGACGGAUGUCGUUGCCAUCAUCUCCAAAGCCCGCGUCCCGAUUAUCAAAUUUGUUACCACCCAAGGGAGCUUGAACGUUGAUAUCUCCCUCAACCAGACAAACGGUAUCAAUGCAGGAAUGAUCAUCAACAAGUAUCUUGAGAUCUUACCCGGGGCACGACAACUCAUCGUUGUUGUCAAAGCUUUUCUGAGCCAACGAUCAAUGAACGAAGUAUACACUGGAGGUCUGGGUAGUUAUUCAGUCAUCUGUCUAGUGAUCAGCUUUCUCCAAGUACACCCCAAGCUCAGACGAUCGGAAAUUGACCCCGAAAAGAAUCUUGGCACGCUAUUGAUUGAAUUCUUCGAACUCUACGGACGUAACUUCAACUACGAAGACGUGGGACUGUCAAUUCGCCGGGGUGGAUUUUACUACUCGAAACAGUCGAGGGGAUGGUACAAGGCACAACAACCAUUCACUUUGAGCAUCGAAGAUCCUCAGGACAAGGAUAACAACAUCUCCGUCGGAUCUUACGGCAUUAGACAAGUCAGAGCAACAUUGGCAGGUGCUUUUGAGAUGCUUCAGGCCAAGCUGUUUGAACGAGCGGAGAACAUGUAUUCUAGGGAGAAUGGUGCAGGUCUCAGGAAGAGUGAACCAGAGGACAUGAGCAUACUCUCGGGCAUCAUGGGCGUCACGAAAGAGGUAAAUACGUCCUCACCCGCAAUGUGA